CGUUACUUGGUUGUGCACCUAUCACCAUGGUUGACACGCGUACUGGAAAGAGUACCUCCCCUUAUACAGCAGAAGAGGAGGCAAAGGCCGCCGCUAUCCUAAAAGAGAGAAGAGAGAAGAAGGAGGCCAAGAAGAAGGCCUUGAUAGAGGACCAGGCGGGGAAGUUGAAGAAGAUUGAAAAGGAGAUGGCCAGAGAGAAGGAGAGAUUAAAGAAAGAAGAAGAAGAGAAAUUAAAGGCGGUGGAAGAGGAGGAUGAACAGGAGGACCCGCCGCUGGAGAGGAGGAGAAGGGAGCAAAGAGGGGAAUCCAGUGGGACAAAAGAUGAGCAGUUGGAGAAGAAGAUUACAGAGUGGGUUGCAAAUUUAUCCCUGGGAGAAGAAGAGGAGGCACUAAUGUAUGUGCCCAGGGAAGAACAGGAGGCGGCCAUGAAAGAGUGGGAGGCAGAAGAAGACCCACUCAAGCGUCAGGCCAUAGAGGAUGAUAAGAGGAUAGAAUGGAAGUUCCGGCUGACGCGGGAGAGGAAGGCGAGAUUGGAAGCGGUGAGUCAAGCGGCGAAGGAAUUGGAGGAGGUAAAGAAACAGAGAGACCAGAUGGUGACGCAGGUGGACUUGUUGGGGAAAAUGGAGAUCAUGGCGAGGAAUAUAGAGCGCCUGACACAGGCUCAGGAAGAGCAUUAUCAGUUCACUAGAAGUCAUGACAUUGCACUGCGCUCAAUACGGUUGGGGUUCAGGGAGUUUGCACGAGAGUUAGUGCCCGUGGUGGGCUUAGAGGUGAAGGCCUGUCUGGAGAACACAGAGCGCUAUUGCACGGGUGCCAUAGAGGGCGCCAAACUGGCCGCUCCCAAGGAGGAGGAAGUACGCCCUUGUAGGGAGCCUGUCAAAGUCAAAUUCCCCGAUUCCUACAGUGGGAAGAAGGAAGAAAACUUUGACAAUUGGGAGGCUAACAUUAAGACCUAUGUGCACCUACAAAAGGUCUCCCCAGAUGAGCAUGUUCUGGUCGCCAUUCACGCGCUAAAAGAGGAAGCCGCCAGUUUUGCCCGUUCCCUAGUCCGCGCUGCAAAUUGCAACGAUGAUGUAGUUGCUUAGUCCGUGUUCACUCCCCUCGCUGAUUUCCUUAAGUUAUUGCACUA